GUACAGGUGUGUAAAAAAUCUGUAAAGAAACUCAAUCACGUGAUGCAUCUAGCAACGAAGGAUCAAAAUGGCGAUGUACUGUGAGGGCACGAUAAAACCUAACAAUUUUGAAAUAAAAGAUGCAGAUAAGCACUACGAGGGCAUCGUUGGUAAACUAAAGAAAGCUUUCGUGGGAUUGGGUACAGAUGAGAGGAGAGUUAUCGAGAUUCUUACCACUCAUAGUAAUGCCCAGAGACAAGAAAUAAUCAAACAAUUCAAAGCGCAGACUGGGAAAGACCUGGAAGAGGAGGUUAAAGCAGAGCUUGGGGGACUCUUUGAAACGCUGGUACUUGCCUUGCUUGUACCAUCUAGCAACUUUGAUGCUAAAUGUAUUCACGAUGCGAUGAAGUUUGGAACAUGUGAGAAAACCCUUAUACAAGUUCUGUGUUCUAAGACUAACAGCGAAAUAAAAGCAAUAGCAGAUGCAUACGAAGCAAUGUAUGAUUGUGAGAUGGAGGAGGAUCUGAAGAGCGAUUUGUCUGGGACGUUUCAAAACAUAAUAAUAUCUAUAAUACAGGGUAAACGAGCGGAUAACAUUGAAGUUGACCAAGAACUAGUUGUUAAAGAUGCCGAGGAGAUAUACCAGGCUGGAGAGGCAAAUGAAAAUGGAACUGAUGAGUACAAGUUCAACAAGGUUCUCAGUCUUAGGAGCCGCGCUCAUAUGAAUGCGGUGUUUGACCAAUACAAAAAGAUAGCUGGUAAAGAAAUUGAACAAACCUUGGAUUAUGAGGCACAGCUGAUAGCACAACCAGACACCAGAGAUGCUUUCAAAGCAAUAUGUGCAUAUGCCAGGAAUCCACUUACGUAUUUUGCGACCUGUCUCCAUGAAAGCUUGGCUGGAAUUGGUACAGACGAUAGUGCCCUGAUACGUCUUAUUGUGGACCACAGUGAGGUGGACCUGGCAGACAUCAAGAAACGCUACAGGGAGCUCUUCAACAGUACACUGGUGGUUGAUGUACAGAAUGACACCUCUGGGGAUUACAAGAAACUCCUCACUGCAAUAAUUGGCACCGACUGAUUCAAAUACUCUCAAAUCAUCCAGUCAUUAUAUUAUGAGUUCUAAAUAAUAAAGUGGACUGGAAUAGCAUACUGGAAAUGCAAUAUUUGGAUGUAAAUAACUUCAUUUACCAAAUGGACAUGGACUUCCAAGGUUGAUCCAUUAUAUGAAAACCAUUUAUACCUUGAGAUAGAGAUAUUCCCUAAAACCCAUGAACCGAAUAAUCAGCAUAUUCUGCAUAUCACGUUUUUUAAAGUACCAAGCAUGUCUGAAGCCAGGGGGAAUUGGGAAUCUUCUUCAAGCCUCC